AUGUUUAGGACAGCCGUAAGGGUGACAUCUGAUAUCCAGGAGCGGAUCGAAGCGGUUAUCCUAGCGCAGCAGAUCGCAACUUGUAAUGGUUACAUUGCUAAUGUACCUCGUAGGCCAGGUCUUAUUGCGCAGCGAGAUUAUGCCGAGGUGGAUGACUCCAAAAAAACCAAUUUCUGCUUAUCUUUCAUAACCGACUACCAAAGUAAGGCGAUAAGGGCCAGUCUGGUUAGGUGUGGUCUCGAUGACCAAGUUGUGGAAAUACCUCCCACAAAUCUCAAGAAGCAGGUUCUAAAGAAUCCUUGGAUAUCAGUCAUGGAUGACGAGCAGCUCCUCGAUUACGAAGAAGAACAAGAAGAAACUCAUGAGGCUAAGGCUGCUGAGAAUGGUGCUGGUGAUGCGAAGAAGAUAAAGGGCAAUUACGCAUCUAUUCAUAGUAGUGGAUUUCGUGACUUCCUGCUCAAGCCGGAACUUCUACGUGCUAUAAUUGAUUGCGGGUUUGAGCAUCCUUCUGAAGUUCAACACGAGUGCAUUCCUCAAGCUAUAUUGGGAAUGGAUAUUGUUUGUCAAGCGAAAUCUGGUAUGGGUAAAACUGCUGUCUUCGUUUUGGCAACGCUUCAGCAGUUAGAACCAGUUGAUGGGGAAGUUUCUGUGUUAGUAAUGUGCCACACUCGCGAAUUGGCGUUCCAAAUAUCAAAGGAGUAUGAACGCUUUAGCAAGUACUUGUCAGCUAUCAAGGUGGCUGUAUUUUUUGGUGGUAUGCCAAUCAAGAAGGAUGAGGAGUUGCUGCGCACAAAUUGUCCUCAUAUAGUUGUGGGGACACCGGGCCGUACCCUCGCAUUAGCCAGAUCUGGAAAGCUAAAACUUGACAAGAUAAAGUAUUUCGUCCUGGAUGAAUGUGACAAAAUGAUCGGAGAUGCAGAUAUGCGACGUGAUGUGCAGGAGAUUGUGAAGAUGACACCGCAGGAAAAGCAAGUGAUGAUGUUCUCCGCCACUCUUCCGAAGGAGCUGCGCAUCGUCUGCAAGAAGUUUAUGCAAGAUCCAAUGGAGGUGUAUGUAGACGAUGAAGCGAAACUAACUUUGCACGGGCUUCAGCAACAUUAUGUAAAACUCAAGGAGACUGAGAAAAACAGAAAGCUCCUUGAACUCCUUGAUCUACUUGAGUUCAACCAGGUCGUAAUUUUCGUGAAGUCUGUACAACGCUGUGGCGCACUUCACCAGUUGUUAUCCGAGCAAAACUUUCCAUCGAUUGCGAUUCACAGGCAGAUGCCGCAGGAGGAACGCCUCGCUCGUUAUCAAGCUUUUAAAGACUUUCAGAAACGUAUUCUAGUAGCCACUGAUUUGUUUGGACGUGGGAUGGACAUUGAGCGAGUUAAUAUCGUGUUCAACUAUGACAUGCCCGAGGAUUCGGACUCUUACCUUCAUAGAGUUGCACGUGCUGGAAGGUUCGGUACUAAAGGUCUGGCUAUCACCUUUGUGUCAGACGAAGUGGAUGCGAAAACACUAAACAGCGUUCAGGAUAGGUUUGACAUAAGCAUCACAGAACUCCCGGAUACAAUAGAUGUGUCAACUUACAUUGAAGGAAGAACGAACUGA